AUGCAGCCGGCGCACCAAUCCUGGAAGCAGAUCGGUGGGGGCAGCACUUUUGACGAGUCGGACGACAUCUUUGAUCUGAACCCUUCCAUAGAGCAGGGUGUUCAGCUUGGGCUGCAAAGCGGCAACUUGCUGGUGCAGCAGCCCGUCAAGCAGGAAAGGCACGAGGGUAUGACGUUUUCUCGAUUCUUGACGACACCUCCGCUUUUCCUUUCA